UGUUAUUUAUUUUUAGUCUCUGAGUAGAAUUCGUAUCGUUCGGUACCGGCCGACCUGCAAAGCCUAGUAUGGUGGCAGUGUAGAAGCGCAUUACACCGUUAAAAGUAGUGACCCAUUGUACGCUGACAAGUGGAGAAAUUAACCCUAGAGCCCUAAUUGAAACGUUUUCUGGUUGCGUGCGGCGCCCUCGUGCUCGAGCAAGAAUCAAAACGUGUGUGCGGCGGUCGCUUAUUUAUUCAGCAGUGUGUGGUGUCGCCGUCGUGCGAAAAAAUAGUUUACGGCCAUUUUGUUCUGACAGCAACAAAUACUGUUGACCGGAAGGAGAGAAGUGAAAAAUUAAUCAAUCAACUAGCUAAAUAGAAAGCAACACUCCUGGACACAAUCGCCUUGAUCGAACGGGUAAAUUACAUUCGAAGCGUAUGUGUUAUUGAAAGACUCUCUUUCUCGCUCGUCGUACCAAAGUGUUCAAAGUUGUGGUGUGAGGAGGUGGAAAAAGUGUUCAAAAUCUGCUCACACAAAAAGUGAGCGCAUUGAUCGGCACUAAUACGGGUGAAAAAAAAGCUUGAUUGCAGCGCUAGUGUUGUUGCCAUCCGUGCCGAAUCGGAACCAACUAGUGCGGAACGGAUACGACAACCGGUUGGUGCGCUGUAGGUGUGUUCCCGAGUCUCUGGCCGGUUAUCUUCCUGCGAACGGGAGCAGAAAACUAACAACCGUAGCAAUAGUGGUUGUGGGCGGUUUUAUUUGCAGUUUGGAAAUCGAAAACAGAGCGACAAGCGCUGUAACUUUUUGGUAUGUUGAGGUCUACGGAUGGUAAAACGCUAAUCAAGUCGGCUUCCUAAUUUACCGUAAAGUAUUACAGUUAUGACAAGCCUUCAAAAGAGGACAUGGGCUGUUUAGGUAGUAAGGAUCGCCUCUCCAAAGAGGACAUGGACUUCCUCAAAUCACAUACUCGAUACGACGAGUCCACAAUCAAGGAGUGGUAUAAAGGGUUCAAGCAAGAUUGUCCCAACGGCAAACUAACCCCAGCUAAGUUUGUAGAUAUGUACAAAAUGUUCUUCCCGUCUGGAAAUGCAGAAGAGUUCUGCGAUCACGUCUUUCGGACGUUCGAUAUGGAUAAAAACGGCUAUAUCGAUUUUAAGGAAUUUCUGUUAGCCAUCGACGUGACAUCUAGCGGCACACCGGAGGAGAAGCUAAAGUGGGCGUUUAGAAUGUACGAUGUGGACGGAAACGGUGUCAUAGACAUCCAAGAAAUGACCAAAAUAGUUCAGGCGAUAUACGACAUGUUGGGAGCGUGCUCAUCGAACAAACCGGCAGAUUCGGCGGAGGAGCGUGCGAAAAACAUUUUCGCCAAGAUGGACGAAAAUAACGAUGGCCAAUUGACGCAGGACGAGUUCCUCAAAGGCUGUCUGCAGGAUGAAGAACUGUCUAAAAUGCUGGCACCUUAAGCUUAAUUCAAAAACACAGAAUAAAUAAAAAGUAGCUACGCUAGAUAUUCUUAUCAUUUAAGCAUCGCAGAGUAGACAAAAAAAUCAACAGAACAGGCCACAAAACAGUUGUUUGUAGGGUAUUUCACUUACACAUAAAAUUAGCGAUGAAUGUUGCGAUAAACACAUCCGAAUUGAACAUUGUCAGUGACACAAAAAGUCAAGGCCCCCCAUAAAUUAGCGGAGAGAAGUAUGAAAUUCGAGUAAAAACAACCAUUAGGGAAUUUUCGCGAGUAAGUAAAUAAUCACAAAUUUCAUAAAAAAAAAAACAAACCAAAUGUAUAACCGCCGAAGCAGUAACUUGCUACCGGCGAACGAAUUGAAUUUUGCUAGUCUGAACCAGCAACAAGAAGCAGGAAAGACGAGUACUCAUAGUUAAGGGCGGAAGGCAUGAUAUUGAAAAAAAAAUAUAUAUAUAUAUAUAUAUAUAUAUAUUUAUUAAAGCGGUAACUUUUCACCACAACACCCGAGUAUUACACAAAAUCACAAAAAAGAACGCAGAUAAAUGAGUAAAUUGUUAAGGUUUUUUGUUUACCAGUGCAGGCCAUAUGAAUAAUGGCAAAACAUACUGACACAGAAAAAAAUAAAGGCAAAUUGUUAUUUUCCGAAGCGUAAAUUAAUACAAUUGCAAAACCUCACGCUAAAACAGGGCCGAAUUGCGAUGCGAAACCAAGAUAGAGACAAAAACAAUACGAUAAUCAUUCGAGUAGUUAUGCAAGUGCGCUAUGAUAGGACAGACAAGCUAACCAUUAUCAGAUCAUUUUUACAAACAUGAUAGAUGGGCAGUAUUUGGCCACAUAUAAAGAUACAAACAAAAAUUGUCGAUUGUUGAAUACGUAGCUGCAGCCCAUCGUUGCAUCCGGCAAGAUAAUGGACGUGUGAAUUCACCAAUCCUCGCAGUGCAAUUAUCAUUUUAUGAAGGUAUUUAAAAACCGAUUCGUUAGUUUUUGUCACAAUCAAAACCGGUCUUACGGCGGAAUUCAUUUUCUUUCUUGUUUUAGGACAAGCAUGCAGCUCCUACCGUGCAAGCAAAUGUCAUUUGGUUAAAAUUUCCCUAGUUCAUACAGUAGUGGUGAAUUUUCAAGUGCAUUAUUUUUCGGUGUUUUUUUCUACCACCCAAACGGGUAGGUGUUGACCCUAAUUAAGAUAGAUAGCGCUGGAGCACAGCUCCGGUUAAGUGGCCCAACAAGCUUUACAUUCGGUAUCAAUUAGUACCAAUCAUACCAAACCAAUAUUUGAUGAGUAAUUCAGAAACUUUAACUCUUUCAUUCGAAACAUUCGAGUUGCAUUUUCACUUUAGAAAACUAGAUUUUUUUUCUAACAUUAUUUGCCGGGUUUUCCAUUCGAACCCAUACGUGUAUUAGCAUAGGAACGAGGGCACAAGGUAUUGCCAAUAACGAUUUCAUUCCAUAUUCUUUACACGCAACCCACUCAUUCGCAAACCGAACAAUGGGAAACUUUAUUCAUAUAUUGCUCGGCGUAAAUGUAUGUGUACACCGUACGUAGAAGCUCGCAGGCGGGAGCUCAGCUAGUCUCUGCCACUUUUGGCGACCAUUUUUAUCGUUCGAUGAUGGCUUUGCUAAAUGCAGUGCGUUGCGAGGGUUAACGAGAAAAAAAAUUUAUCACUGCUUUUGGAAGCAUUCCGCAGAAAACUUUUGCUAUAAUCAACUCAAAUCACUGCAAACCCAUGUUUUCGCAGCUCACGGCUAUCGGGAUCCUAUCAAAGCAGAUUGAACUUUACAGUAAAAAAUAAAAUCCUAACCUUCAAGUUCAGCUCCAGUUGACAUUAGUUGUUAAAAGGCUUAGAACGAUUCACGAAUAAUAAAAAAACAUCAGCGUUGCGUUGGUUGGAUUAGUCGUCGUUGAUUGAUUUAUUCGAUUCCUUUAUUGUACGUCACUGCCGAGUAGAGCUUAGUUAACGCGAAAGUAAAAGCCCGCGGGCUCUCGAAAAAAUCAAUAGACGUCCGAAUAGCGUCCAACAGCGUUUUCAGACAAUCCGUCAAUGACGGACAACAACAUGGCAGCAAAUUGCUCGAUUAUUAUCGUCUCUUUUUGUUUUCGCUGGAUUUUUUUUUUGCUUUACUACGUUAUUGUCAAAACAAGUGGAAACAAGUUUGAUUCCAAUGCCAUAAAUCACCGAUAGAUUUAUUUUCUGGGCUGCCGAGCAGCAGAUUUAUUCCGACGCCAACAAAGAACGCAUCCGGGCCGGCAUGAUUUGGGUUUUUUCUUCUUCUUUGGAUCAGGCCGGAUGAUGACUGGGACUUUAAUAGUAAUUUUGGCAGGCUUAAGAUGAAUAUAGUGAAUUACCUAUUAUUUCAUAAGAUUACGUGUAUUGAAGUCUGCAUUCGUUACGAUGAAGAGCCGAUAGCAUUUUUUUGUGCGAAUCAAGAAAACAAACUUCUUGCUGGAAACGUACUCCCUACGAUUCAAGUAAUUGAACUGUAAAAGCAAAAUGAAGCUCUUGAAAAUAGCGAUGCGGCGGUUUUCUGGCUUUCCUCGAUCUACGUGACUCUACCGGUCUUAUAGCUUCGCCCCCCGAAGGCGCCCUGUCUAGAUUGAAACAAUCAAGGAAAUUUGGAUUACGCGAAACAAAAUUCUGAAAAUAGGUGAAUGCAAUCUUGCAAUCACAAAAAAUACCUUCAAUUGAGAAUGUUCGGUUCCGAAAUAGCGGGGAUUUAUUUUUAGAUAUCGAGGAUCAUUAUUUUUCCGAUACUGCCGAAACGCAAUUGUUAACAGAAACAGUAUCGCAAAGAAAAUGGGCGAAAAGCUCUGGCAUUUCUUUUAUCAGAUUCAUCCCCGUUAUCGUUUCUGCGUGAUGUUUUGAUUGGAAAGACAUUGAGGGCGAAACGGAACAGUAUUUUUCCGAUCAAUUUUAACCACAAUUUCCUUUGGGUGUUUGGAACGUAGUACACACGUUAACGAAGCACUAUUUCCGAGCCCCGAAAACGGAAACAAUAAAGGUUUUCACUCAAAAUUUUAUUCGUCUAUUAACUGCGUACGUGAACUUAAAAUGUCCCUCGACAACCCUUGUAACGUGCUUCACACAGCUGGAAUGUUGUAUGAACACUGCUAUUCACUGAUUUUCCCGCCUAGCGUACUCUCUGUCUGUAAACCGUGAAGCCUUUUAGCUACCAAUUGUAUAUUUUUAGAAGCAGUCAGAUGUAUUUUUGUAAAUAUUUUUAUAGCAUUGAACAUGAACCUAACUUCGUUUCCACCAGUCUACCCUAAGAAGUGUACAAUUUUCUAGUUUAGUGAAUCUUUCGUGUUCGGUUCAAUUUUUGGGCAAUUUUUCCUACUACCAAGACGAGAUCACUUUUCUAUCAAAACUCUCGAACUACUGAUACUAAGUUAAGCGAACAUAAAAAAAAUACAAAGUUUACGGCAAGUCUUAUACUUCAUAUAUUUAAAUAAAAAGGAAAAAUACCACAAAAACUACUAAAUGUGAAACACGAAUCCAUUUUUGCACAAAACUUUAACAUGUGUUAGCACAAGCAAAAAAGAAAGAAAACAGAAGAUAAGUAAAAUAUUUAAAGUAUUUAGCAAACUCAGAUCAAACAACUGUCAAAACUAACUAUAGAAUGCGAACAGAGUCAAGCUGAAAGCUGAUAUGAUAAAAGAGAACGAGCAUUAUUCAAAGCAGUCGUCAUCUAUAAAUCUCUCUUUUCAAGAAAGUGAAUGUUAAUAUAGCCUAUAUACUAUUAGAAUAGAUAAAAACUGAAAAGAGCAACACAUGCAAACCUAAGAAAAAGAAAACAAAAAACACUAGACACUUAGCACUCAGAACACUCGGAUUAUUCCUUUCUUUCGUUUUCAAUUAUUUCUCGAAGAACAAUCGCAAAACAAUGAUAACGAAUUUUUGAAAAUCCCGCGCUUUAUGACCAUAAUGAAAAAAAAGAGAGGAGAAAACACCAAAAAAAUUAACAAACCUUUGACAAAAACAUGCAAAACACAAGAAAUUCGAACAAAAAAAAAUCAAAUUAAUGUUACUACCAAGUCCUUUGAGAACGUGAAAACAAAUUCUGGCUGUUUAUGGCUUACGAGAAGUAACACGAAGAACAGAAAACAAAAAUACAUGUAGUCAAUACAAAGUGACAACAAAAAAUAUUCGCCAUCAA